ACAAGAAACAAAGGUUGGGCAAUCAUUGAAAAGUUAUAGUCGAUCGCUUGACACCGACCAUCAAAAUCCCUGAUGCACAUGGAUAUCUGAUGCUCUCUCGCUUUAUUGACACAAGUAAUUCUAGCGAUAUCGUGAACGUCCAUCCAUAUUUGCUUUAUAAAAUGGUUUGAGUUGAACCGGAAUUCGAUAUUUCUAGAUUUAUCGCUCAGUGCCUCAUUCAGCCCGCUUCGRCAUUCCGUACAAUGCCAUCUGGAGAGAAAGAGCGAAGCUCCGUCUAYCAGAAAGCUUUGGUCAUCUGUCACGAAGAUCAAAAACAGUUAAAUCUGCUUCAAAGAGAACUGGAAAAAGACCGCUUGCAGAAAUACAUUGAUUAUAAACUGGAAUCGAAAAGACUUCAAAAAGAACUGCUUGCAUUGCGACARGAGCAAUUGCAACUGAUGAACGAAGCGCGGAAGAACAAACAAAACCGCAAAACUGUCGAUGAUCUUGCUAAAGAAAGUUUGUCUGUACAAAGUCCGAGGAAUCGAAAUCUUGAAGCUAUGAAGUUAAAAAAGAAAUUUUCUCUGCCUGUUGUAACACCAACACAAAAUAAUGUCCCGAAAAUCAUGAAAAGGAAUCUUUCYUAYGAGUCGGAGUUUUUUACCUGGACUUUUGGUUUACCACGAUUGGAAAACGGACCUCAAUGCAAGGAAAAGCAACGAAAAACUUCCAACGAAUCGAGCGAAUACAGCGAUUCAAACAGCGAAAAGAACCUGAAWAAARCURGUAYAAAUGUUAGUAACUGYGAUACGGAGUUUAAGCUCCCUGCCAUCUCGAGUGAAGACAACAAAACUAAGGAAAACAUCAGUGAAAUUGAAAACCACUUAGAAACCAAACUACCAUCCAUAAUAAAAUAAAAAGUAWAGCUAUACUUAUUCCAAAAUACUUGAGGUAAACAGAUAUAGGACAUAUUUAAUAAUAUAUGAGUUACAAGAAGUGAUAUUUAUAGACUUUCACCGGGAAAGAGUAGAAUUUAGUUGUACAUUAUAGUAAAAUAGAACAUAUGUUUAUACAUUAAAUUAAAAGCACUAGUAGAAAAAAAAAUAAAGCAACUAUCAUCACUCUUCGUGUAUAAUUCGCAUAUUCUUUAUUUUAGUUAUUUAAAAUAUAGAUGAACUUGAAGGAAUAGAUCAACCCACGCAUCAAAACGCCAUAGUUUCAGAUAAAUUAUUAAAAUCGUCACAGCAGCAGA